UGGAACACCAAACACCGUGUGGUCUCAUCAUGUAGAAGUGAACUCAAUCUCCAGCCAGAGUUCCCACUUCUCCAUGUGAGCUGACGAAACAGGAACCAGGCAAGCCAUGUUUGGUCCUUCAUGCGACACAGGAACUGGAAACAAGCCACAUCUGGUCCAUCAUGUGGCAUGGGAACUGGAAACAAGCCACGUCUGGUCCAUCAUGUGGCAUGGGAACUGAAAACCAGACACGUUUGGUCCAUCAUGUGGCAUGGGAACUGGAAACCAGACAUGUUUGGUCCAUCAUGUGGCAUGGGAACUGGAAACCAGACAUGUUUGGUCCAUCAUGUGGCAUGGGAACUGGAAACCAGACAUGUUUGGUUCAUC